AAUUUCUAAGAAGCGUCUAUUUUUUUUAUAUACAAAGAGAGAAAAGAAUUCUAAAAAUAUAUAUACACAUAUAUAUAUACAUAUAUAAAUGUCAUUUGAAUUAUCAGAUCUAGAUAAAAAGAGAGCAGGGGAUUUCCAAGAAGGAUCCGUUACAUUUGAUGCUUAUAGUGGUAUGUUGAACACAAGUAUAGAAAUAGCGAUAAGAAAAAAUAAAGUGAAUAAUAAUAAAUAAAUUAUAGAGGCAGAAGUAGAAUAUAAUGAAAAUGGCAUUAUUGACGUUAAUCGUGAACAUGCUGGCUCUUCAUUUCUUGCAUAUUUUAAUGUUGUCUGUGUUGUAGCAGGUACUGGUACUCUUGGUCUUCCCUAUGCCCUUCGUUUAGGCGGUUGGAUCGGUCUUCUUAUUUUAUUUUUAUCUUGGACAAUGUCUAUGUAUACAGCUGUUUUACUUAUUCGAUGUUUAUAUGCGAAUGGCAAGCAACGUUUAUCAACCUAUAAGGAAAUUGCAACAACAUGCUUUGGUGCUGUAGGCGGCUGGGUAACUUUUUUCUUUAAUUCUUGGAUUUUACUUGGUGCUCCUAUUUUGUAUAUGGUGCUUUCUGGUUCUAACUUGAAUGAGCUUUGUGCAGGCACAAAGGCUGAACUUGGUGUUUUACCCUGGAGUAUUAUUUCUUGUGUUAUCGUUGCCAUUCCUUUUAUUUUGGUCAAAUCAAUGAAAGAAGUAGCUUUCAUGAGUGCUUUAGGUGCUGCUGCUACUGCUGUUGUUGUUAUCAUUGUUAUCGUUGUUGCUGGUAUUGAUCACAAAACUCUUCAAAAUAUUCAUCAUGAUACUGUUAUCUGGCCUAAAUUCCCUAUCGCUUUAAGUACAAUUUGUUUUAGUUUUGGUGGUAAUGUUGUCUAUCCUCAUGUCGAAGCCUCUAUGAAAAAGCCUCGUGAUUGGCCUAAAGUAGUUGCUGGUGGUUUAACUACAUGUGUUAUUUUAUAUUUUGCUACUGCCGUACCUGGUUAUUAUGUCUACGGUGAUACAGUGCAAUCUCCUGUCUAUAAUUCAAUCUCAAAUGGUGUCCCAAAAAUGAUUGCCAUCAGUAUUAUGACUUUCCAUGUUAUCACAGCUGCACCUAUCUUGCUUACUUCAUUCGCUUUAGACGUUGAAGAAAUGCUCAAUAUUACUGUUGAACGUUUUGGUGUCGUAAAAGAGUUUUUGAUCCGUGCAUGUCUUCGUAUCUUGACUGUUGUUUUUGUUGGCGUCAUUGGUGCUGUUAUUCCUCAUUUUGAUGAUUUAAUGUCCUUGAUUGGUUCCUUUGCAAACUGUGCUUUGAUUUUGAUCUUUCCCAUCAUUUUCUACUUUAAAUUGACAGGUUUCCGUAAUAAACCUAUUUACGAGCUUGCUUGGUGUGGAUUAACCAUGUUGAUGGGCGUUGUUGGUCUUGUUUUUGGUACUAUUUCUUCUAUUGAAGCCUUGGUUGCUGAUUUUAAGAAGUCAUAAUAUAUAUAUGUAUAUAUGUAUAUAUUUAUAUAGUUAUAUAUAUUUAUAUAUUAUUUUAUUUCAUCUUGUUAUUAUAUAUACAUUUACAUAUGUAUUGUACAUAUUCAUUUUUUUUUUUUUUUAUAUAUAUGCUGUAAAUAAAUAGUAUAGCUCUAUUUCCCCCCUUUUUUUUUCUCAAACUCACAAAGAAAGG